GUCAUACAUUUUUCAUAAAUGGUGUGCGCUUGCUCUGCUUGAUGAAAUUGUCACAAAUUGUGGUUACAAAUCUCGGGAAUCUUUAAGUUCAGAAAUUCAUAUUGGAUUUUCUAAGGGUUCCUCAGAAAUGAUUGGAAAAUCAAGUUUCACAUUGUAAAUUUGACCCAGUAAUGGCUACAGACGUGUUGAAGUCUUUUGGAAAUCUUCAAAGUGAGCUAGAAGAAGCCAGAAGCAGUUUGAAAGGUGUCGAUGAAAAUCUGAAAAGACUUAUUGGAAGAGACCCCUCAGAGCCUCCUCCUAGAAACAAUUUAAAACGGCCAAAUCCCGACGACAAAGGUAGACCAAAACUCCAAACCAGAAACAGGGGGUUCGCGAUCGAAAAUGAAGAAGUCCCUGCGAAGAGGAGACCACCAGUGCCUCAUGUGUCGGUGUUUAAGAGAUUGUCUGAUAAAGUGGACGAUUCUCAUCCAGCGCAACACGGCCCUCAGCGGGGUAUGAUCAGUAAAGUAAUUGUGACGAAUAAAGAAGUACCAAGUAGGGAGGAAGCUAUUGUAGCACAAAAUCGUGAUGAAAAGUUCAAGGCGAGAAAUCGUAGGAUGUUUGGGGCUUUGCUUGGAACCUUACAAAAGUUUCAGCAGGAGGAAACAAAGCUCAAACCUAGGGAAGAAAAGAGGGCUCAGCUAGAAAAGAAAAUAGAGGAACAUGAAAUAAAGGAGAAAGCAGAAAUAAGAAAAGAAAGGCAAGAACUUUUUCUAAGCAGAAGGAGAAAACAAGCUGAAAUAAAAGUAAUUGAAUUAAAAAUGUUGAGAAUGAAAGAAUAUGCAGUAUGGGAAGAGAGUCAAAAACCAAGAAUGAGCUUUAUCACAACUAAAGCCAAACCACAUAUACAUUAUAUACCAAGGCGUAUGAAUGAUAAGUCUACAGACCUUUUGGAGAAGAGCAAAGCAGAAAUUGAAAAACUUAUAGAGAAGAAAAAGGAGCAAAUAGCUUCGGAACUUCAGGUUAUGGAAGAAAGAGUGAAAAGGAGUUUUGAGAGUAAGUUUGGGAUGAAGAACAAGCAAGAUCAGGUCAAUAAUACAGAUCCAAAGCAGCAGGAUCCUGAUCCAGAUCCAGACCAAGAUGAUCAUUUUGAUCAUGAUGCUGUUUUGACUGAAACACAACUGGCUGUUGCAGAAAAGGAGAAAAUGGAAUCGCAGAAAAAUAAUGAUGAGAGUGAAGAUAUGGAAGUACCAAAUGAAGAAAAAGUUCAGAAUGGGGAACAUACUUUGAGCAAUGGAGAGCAAUCAAAGUCUGUAGAUAAUGUUGAAGAUAAUCAAGAGAAUCACAUGGACAGUUUUACUGCAGUUGAAAAUGAACAAGAACCUACAGAUUCUGUUCAUGAAACUGAUGAUAAUAGUGAAAAUAAAGGCAGUGUACAGGAGUGAUGUACAAAUUGUGCAAAACAAAGUAAAUUAUUCUAUAGGUUAGAUUGUAACAUGUGUUGGUUGCUUACCUAUUAGUAAGUAAAUGAGCUAUAAAAAUCCUCAAAAACAUCUUGUUUUCUAGUACGAAUUAAUUUUGAAAUGUUUUUUUCUGUUGUGUAUAUUAAUUAUCACUGAAACUGCAUUUUUUUAAUAAAUUUUGCAAUAAAAUUACUCGAAGUA